CAGUAUAAGGUAUCCUACCAAACUCCUCUCUUCACUCUGUAAGUACCUUUUACAUUACCAUUCUACUUGUUCUUGGUGGUUUGUUCCUGGCUGUAUGUAAUAACACUUGAGAUUUUCUGGGCUAACAAUGUAAGAAAUAAUACAUUUAAAAAAAUAACUGCAUAGUUUUCUAAGGACCUGAAGCGAGGCGACCAUCUCUAUCGGCGCCAACCAUUGAGAUUAAUUGUCAGGUCAAACAGCAGAUAUCUUUGUUGCUUAGGACCUAGAACUAGCAUCUCUGUUUUGUCUGAAUUUGAAAAUAGAAAAUAUGCCGCCAUCCACUUCCUUAUGUCUGAAAUAAUAAUAAUAAUAAUAUAUGCCAUUUAGCGGACGCUUUUAUCCAAAGCGACUUACAGUCAUGUGUGCAUACAUUCUACGUAUGGGUGGUCCCGGGAAUUAACACAGGCUUCCUGUGUUUCACAGGCAAUUUUGGGGCGUCACCAUGUUUCAUCGACAUGUACAGCUGUGUGUCGUCCGCAUAGCAGUAAAAGUUUAACAUUAUGUUUCCGAAUGACAUCACCAAAAGGGAGGGUGAUGCAACAAUGGCCUUGAGAACAGCAGGAAGUGUGUUGGUGGUCCUUCUCUGGUCUGUGGCAGAAACUACGGCAACACAGUGUGGACAGAAAAUCCAAGUGAUGGUGUCUCCCACCAAUGCAGUGUGGGGACAGAAGGUGACAGUAACCUGUAACACCACCUGUACUCUGACUGAUAACCCCACCUACAUCUGGUACAUGAACGGACAACAUCUAUCAUCGUCAUCCAAGUCCACAUUGUCAGCUACCAGUUAUCAUUCAGCCAGCUACUCCUGUGCUGUAAAAGGCUUUGAGGAUCUCCUCUCUCCUGCAGUGUGUGUUUUCGGUCAUUACUGUUUCAACGUGACUUACACCCAUCAUAGUAUCUGUGCUUUGAAGGGCUCAACAGUGGAACUGCCCUGCACAUAUAGACACCCAAAUAUUCACAACGUUUUAAUAGCAACCUGGUAUAUCCAAGAGAAACGCGAUGAAGUGCUAAACGUCCUGAACUUGGAUCGUGCUGAGUACCUUAAGACCCCCCCAAAAUACCUUGCGAUUCAAGAGAAGGACUGCACCCUGAAAAUCACAGACCUAAGAGAGAACGAUUCAGCUGAGUACAAGUUCAGAUUUAAAACACAGCACACAGAAUGGGGGUACAGCUUCCCUGGAACAACUCUGACUGUCACAGGUCUGCAGGUGAAGGUGACUCCUGCCACAGAGAAAGGGAAUCUGACACUGACCUGUAGCACCACCUGUACUCUGACUGACAACCCCAAACCCACCUACAUCUGGUACAAGAACGGACAACAUCUCACCAACUCAAAGACUCUAGAUAACUCCCUGAUCCUAGACCCAGUCAGCAGUGAAGAUGCAGGCAGAUACUCCUGUGCUGUAAAAGGCCAUAAUAAUCUCUACACUCCUGAAGAGACUCUGACUGUCAUUUAUCCUCCAAAGAACCCCUCAGUGUCAGUCAGUCCCUCUGGUGAAAUAGUGGAGGGCAGUUCAGUGACUCUGACAUGCAGCAGUGAUGCCAACCCACCUGUGGACAAAUACACCUGGUACUUUCAAAAUGAGACUUUAAUAAAUGGAUUCGAACAGAUCUACAACAUCACCAACUUCAGGUCUGAAGACAGUGGACAUUACCACUGUGAGGCCUGGAAUAAAAUGACAUCUAAGAACUCUACAGCUCUGAUCAUUAUAACAGUGAAACAAACAUCAGUUCUGACUGCAGCUGUAGGAAUCAUAGUGGUUGUUCUGGUUCUCAUCCUCUGUCUCUCUGGACUCAUGUGGUUCAGGAAGAAGGCUUCCAAACCCAUCUCUGACACAAGGGACACAGUAGACAAUAGACAGGGAAACUCUAGUCUCAUGAAUGACAACAUAUCGGGCAUGGCCAUGACCCCUACUUCAGUACAGAGAGCAGACACAGACAACCAGGAUGACGUUCACUACACCAGCAUCCACUUCUCUGGCUCCAAUAACCAGGAAGUGCCUCUGUACUCCACUGUCCAACUGCCUCAAACCCAGAAAGAGGAUGAGGAUGUCCAAUACGCUGUUGUAAAAUUCAAACUGCCCCAGUGCUGCCCCCCCGACUAUACGGUGCCUGAGGAAGGCCCCCAGCAUCAUCAAGGACCCCACACACCCCAGCCACGAGCUGUUCACACACUUACCGUCGGGCUGACGGUAUCAGAGAAUGAGGUCUAACACCAACGGACCUCUCUCACAGGAGGAUCUCUAUCACAGGAGGAUCUCUAUCACAGGAGGACCUCUCUCACAGUAGGACCUCUCUCACAGUAGGACCUCUCUCACAGGAGGACCUCUAUCACAGGAGGACCUCUCUCACAGGAGGAUCUCUAUCACAGGAGGAUCUCUAUCACAGGAGGACCUCUCUCACAGUAGGACCUCUCUCACAGGAGGACCUCUCUCACAGGAGGACCUCUCUCACAGGAGGACCUCUCUCACAGGAGGACCUCUCUCACAGGAGGACCUCUCUCACAGGAGGACCUCUCUCACAGUAGGACCUCUCUCACAGUAGGACCUCUCUCACAGGAGGACCUCUCUCACAGGAGGACCUCUCUCACAGGAGGACCUUUCUCACAGGCAGCUGAGGAGGACUCCUCUGUGUUCUAUAGAACAGUUAACAUACCAAGAACUAAGAAGACCUGAACACAAGACGAUCUUUGUUGCAUCCCAAAUGGUACCUUGUUCACUCUAGUGCACUAUGUAGGGAAUAGGGUGCCAUUUUGGAUGCACACUGAACACCAGGUGACCUGAACAUAAGAUGACUCUGCCUGGGAUUCAAUCAAAUUAUGGACAAACAUACUGCACUUUAAUUUUAAAGUUAAUUUAAACCAACAUCUGCAGCAUUUAGCGCAAGUGUGAUCUCUGCAAACGUCAGGAAAAUUGACUUUAAAAGACUUAUUGUCGGCAGAAGACUAUCAACAAACAUUUCACUACACCAACACACCCGCAAUAACAAUGCAAAAUAUGUGUGACCAAUAAACUUUGAAUUGGUUUCAUAUUUAA